AUGCCCAACGCCCUCGAAAUCGCCCUAAAGAACGACUCCGACCUCCCCAACAUCCACGCCUACAUAACCGGCCUCGCAAUCCAACAAAGCGGAAAACGCUGCCUCCUAAAAUCCAACGGCAAAGACCUGUACUUCCCCUCCGAAGUCCAAGAAAUCGGCACACCCCUCCAAGAAAACUGCGCAAUCCCUCUCGGCCCCCCAGGAACCACCACACACAUCACCAUCCCGCAAAUCGCCGGAGGAAGAAUCUGGAUCGCAGAAGGAGAGCUGAAAUUCCUGCUCAACCCUGGAGGACCGGCAUUGGUAGAACCCUCGGUGUUGAAUCCUUCGGAUCCCAAUGCGGGAGUGAAUUUCGGGUUUGCGGAGUUUACGUUGAAUGAUGAGCAGCUUUAUGCGAAUAUUUCGUACGUGGAUUUUGUCCCCAGGAUUCCGAUUGCGAUUACGCUACAGCAGAGGUCUGGGGAGGUGCAGCAUGUUGCUGGGAUGGCGGCUGAUGGGAUAGAUCGUAUGGCUGAGAGUUUGAAGCAGCAGGCUGGGAAGGAUGGGAGACCGUGGGAUAAAUUGGUUGUGGAGAGGGAUGGGAGGGUUUUGAGGAUUUUGAAUGCUACGCAUGGUGGUGCUGUGGGGGCGAGUUUUGAUGGGUAUUUUGAGCCGCUGGUUGAGGAGGUGUGGAGGAAGUAUGGAAAGGAUUGUAAAUGUAGAGUCAACACUCAAGCUGGACCUGGUGUGCUGGAAGGGCAUGUCAAUCAUGCUGGGAAGCUGAAGAUUGGAGAUGAGGAGUUUGACAAACCUUCUUCUGCGGAUAUUUUGGGUUGUAAUUCUGGGCCUUUCACGACUGGACCUUCGCCGACAAGGAAUGCUAUUAUUCCGAGGUUGGCGGCUGCGUUUGUCAGGUCGUCGAUCAUUGAGACUGAGGACCAUCCGUCUCAGCCUUCGACAUUCUACAAUCGAGAUCCUACGAACCAUUACGCACGACUAGUGCAUGAGCACAAUGUCGAUAAGAAGGGUUACGCGUUCGCGUACGAUGAUGUUCAGCCUGACGGCGGUGACGACCAGUCUGGAAAGGUCAAUGCUGGUGACCCGGUCCUUUUCACAGUCACUGUAGGCGGCAAGAACGCACAGGCCGGUCAAGGAGGCGCUGCGGCACCUCAUCCACAGCAGCUAGGAGGCUACCAAAGAGGGCCGCCUCCGCCGCCACCUGGAACAGAUGGUCCGCAAGAUCAAAACCAAGGUAGACACGGCCUUGGCGGCAAGCUGUUUGGAUUUGCAAAAGACAAGGCAAAAGGCUUCAUGCAUCGGUAGAGCCGGUCCUGAUUGAUUUGCAUGUGAUGCCUCGAUAGGUUUGUGUUUGGUGCACUACAUUACGAAGAACCACAAAGGCCAGUGCCUGUCGGCUGACUCGCGUCUUCUGUAAAACAUUUCCCUAAAAAUCUGUGGUUCAACCAGGAUGUCUCCGGUGUACUUUUUGCGAACUUGGCCCAUUGGGGAAGCCGAGAGGUGCCACGGCAGUUGUUAGGGCGAUCAAUUCACAGCAAAGACGGAUG